UAUGCGCGCGCAGUUUUAGUAAAAACCAGUGCAAGGUUAAGCGAUGAAUAAACUAUUACUGGUUUAAACCUUCGUUAGUGCCAGAGCUGAAAAACUGGCCAUUUGAUUUCCUUUUAUUCUUGUUACGCAUUUAAUAUUCGUGGAUUCGAAUUGACAAAAUGACGGAGGAGAAACGGCGAUUACUGUUUCCAGAAUUUGAACACUUGAACGGCCUUGAUGAUGACAGCAGUGAUCAGUAUAAGAGUCAACUAAAAAGCCAGCCAUAUCUGCACAAUAAGAAUGAACUGUCUACAAGCUCUAAGGAACGGCAAGAAACGUGUUUUAAAAAUGUUACCAGUGAUUACAGCGGUUAUGGGAGACAGGUAUCAUCACCAGUGGUUGCAAAGGUCACCAAUGCGUCAUUACCGUUCGUUUUGAAACUUCUUGUUGUUUUUGCAUGUUUGGUAUCAAUUUUAAUAUCAAUGGGCUUGGGUUACAGUCUUAGUGUUCUCUAUGCGCAACUGAUUCGAGUUUUUGAAGUAGAUCGUUCGAUAGUUGUACUGAAUCAAAGCUUCUACGAGGCUUUACUGGCAGUUGGCGGAGCACUUUGGAGCUUCCCUGUAUCUAAAAUAGGAUAUGGUUUCUGUAUUAUUAUUGGCGGCCUCGUCGGGAGUAUUUGUGUUGCUGUUAGUUCAGUAGCAGCUAAUGUACCAACGAUUAUAAUUCUUGUCGGCAUUAUGUCGGGAGCCUCGUUUGGGGUCGUGUACAUGGGGCCGUUUGUCGUUGCCGGGGAUAUAUUUGACAGCUAUAAAACCGCCGUGAUCGGAUUCGUUUCAAUAGGCUCAAGUUUAGGACAGUUCACUAUGUCAUAUUUUAUGGAAAUAUGCAUUGAAAAAUACGACUGGAACGGCGCUCUACUAGUGAUUGGAGGGAUUUGUCUAAAUGCCGUACCAUGCGGUAUGUUAAUGGUUCUAAAUCAGCGUCACUCUUCGAAGUCUGACCUAAACAAACCAUCUGCUUCGGCCAAACAGAGUUUGUUCAAACUAACACUAUUUAAACAGAAGUUGUUUUGGUUAUUACUUCUGAAUUCUGUGAUACUGGCUUUCACCGCCCUUGCAGAAAGUCGUUUCAUGGUGGAUCUUGUUGAACUGAAAGGAUUCGAACGCAAAGUAGGUUCGUUCUUUAUCACGAUGAUCGGCGUUAGUAAUCUCAUUGGAGGUCUGAUUGGAUCGCUGUCAAAAAUCACGUGCAAAAUCAGCAGUGCUACUCAUAUGGGCUAUUGGAUUCUAGUUACGGGUCUUUCUCAUGGCCUUGUCGUGUAUGUGGACUCCUAUUCCGGACUCCUUGCCGCAUCAUUAGUGAACGGCUUAUGUAUCGGAAAUAUUUACGCUCACGUUGCCAUCGCCAUGUACGAAAUCUACGGUACGGAAGACUACGCACCCUCGUUUGCGACAUGGAACGUUAUGAAAGGUGUAGGGAAUUUUCUAGGAGGUUACUUUGGAGGGUUUAUACACGACACAACGGGGAGUUAUGAUUUACUGUUUCAAACAUCAAUUGUUCUAAGUAUAUUUUACUCACUGUCAUUUUUUGGAAUUGUUUUGUACAGGAAAUACAAGGCUAAACAUAGUGGAUAUGUUAAAAUAUGAGAAAUAACCAUUACGAACCUUUAGUAAUAUCGACCUAACGGAAAAUCGAUAACUUUGUCUAUAUAAACAAAGAAGGAUAAAAUUACUUAAAUAGAAAAAGGCCUAUUUGGAAAUUCAAAAAACGGUACCCCAUAAAUUGAAGGGUUUUUUCUGGAUCUUAUGAAUAUUUUUUCCAAAAUAUAUUUUAAUGUUUUGUUGGUCCUUUUUGUCCUUAAAUAGAUACAUCUCAGUUCAUAUAGACUUUGUAGAAAGCGACCAGCUUUAAUAUUUGUACAUAUAGUUAUACAGGAUAUACAUAUAUCUUGAUGGUAAAAUUCGACAUAUAACUGCUUUAAUUUAUGAAUUCAGAUUAAAAUAUUGAAAGGAGGUUCGGAAAAAAAGAAUUAUUUUAGUUCAUCAAGGCACUCAGAUUUAUGGAAGAUAAAAUUUGUUUUAAAAAAUCAUAUCAUAAAUUAAGUUAAAAUGUAAGUCCUUAUCCUUUUGUAUGUUCAUUCCGACUUAAUACCUGUGUUUAUUCGUUGAAAAUUGAGUCAUUUAUUCAUUUAUUGUUUAGUUUACUCCCUUAAUCGGACACAAUUACAUUUUUCGUUUUAAAUAACAUAAAAUUGAAUUGUAUCAAAUGUUUAAUCACCCUUUAAAUUUCAUUGUGUAUUACAAUGUUGCCUAGGGGUAAGCAAUAUCCGGUG